AUGGACUCUCGAGAACCAAAAUCAUCAGAAACAACAACACUCCCCACACAAAAUACAUCUUCCUUGUUACGUGUUACUACAACAAGCAUGACAACGACAGCAAAUCAUACCGAACCUCAACUGAUCACAUCGUCAUCUUCACCAACGUUGUUUUCCGACACUUCCUCAGCUCAGCUCUUUCCUUCAAAAAUACCAUAUAUGGAAAAUCACCAAGAUUCAACCACUAAAAUUCAAGAAUUUAUUUCAUCAAGCAGACUUACUCAACAAAUUAUAGCUGCAACCUUUGGAUCGUGCAUUACAGCCAUCUUUACAUGUCCUUUGGAUGUAAUUAAAUCCCGAAUACAAACUCAACAUUUUGUGAGAAGCAUUCCUCAUCAUUAUAUCAAAGCAUGUCAACACCAUACCAACCAUGCUCACCAUCAAAACUUUUUACCUCUCUCGACUCGUCGAGCAUUUAUGACCAUUAUAAAGAAUGAAGGAGCAAAGACGCUGUGGAGAGGAUUAAGGCCGACACUGUUAUUAAUCAUUCCAAAUAAUGGUAUUUAUUACUCGUUAUAUGAAAGGCUGAAGAUUGAAUUUUCAGGGUUGGGUCAUACUGUCACUCCACUAGUUUCAGGAAGUAUUGCAAGACUGAUGGCCACGACGGUCACAAGCCCAAUAGAGUUUUUUAAAACAGCUAAUCAAGUUUCUAGAAACAAAGUUUAUUUAAGAGAUUUACGAUGGAAACAAUUAUUGAGAGGACUGAAUGCUACCUUGUUGCGAGACGUUCCAUUUUCUUCCAUAUAUUGGAUGUGUUAUGAGAAUAUGAAAUCUUCAUUAUUGGGCCGAUUUUCGUUACAACAGCACCAUCCUCACUACUCGAGAAAUUUAAUGCUCAUUUCUUUUGCUAGUGGAAUCACUGGAGGUGUUAUAGCUACCACAUUCACUCAUCCUUUCGAUGUCAUCAAAACAAAUGCUCAAAAUAUUGAAACCAAACAUGUAGGUGUGUGGAAUAUUUCACAGUACAUUUACAAAACGAAUGGUUUGAGUGGAUUUUCUCGAGGUUUAAUACCGAGAUGUCUGAAAGUGGCACCUUCGUGUGCCAUAAUGAUUUCCACCUAUGAAGUAGCGAAAAACUUUUUCGAGACAUGGGAAUAA